UCGGAGUGCUGCUUCCAGUCGUUCAAGUGUCUGGACGCUGAAGCUGCUUCGGUAAAGUUCCGGCUGGAUCUGGGCUUCAGGAUGCUGUCGUGUGGUCGAGCGGAUCUCGUCCAUCAGGCCGCUCGACUCCUGGGGGCGGAGAGCGUCAACACCAUGGACGACCAGGGAAUGACUCCUCUGAUGUACGCGUCCGCAGCAGGAGAUGAAGCGCUGGUGCAGAUGCUCAUCGAGGCCGGAGCCAAACUGGAUCUGCAGGUCCCAGGCUGCUCCGUCAGACAUCCAUCGGUUCAUCCCGGCAGCAGACACUGGGUGGCGCUGACGUUCGCCGUGUUGCACAGUCACUUGUCUGUGGCUCAGCUGCUGCUGGAGGCCGGGGCAGACGUGGAGGGCGGCGUCCUGCUGGACGACCAGGAGAGCUCAGCGGAGACGCCGCUGCAGUUAGCUGCUGCUGCAGGUCACUAUGAGGUGGUGAGUCUGCUGCUCGCACACGGAGCCGACCCUCUGCUCAGAGUGCAUCAUGGGAAUUCUCUGACAUCACCGCUGUAUGAAGAUAUGAACUGUUUCAGUUACGCUGCAGCUCACGGACACAGGAACGUCCUCAGGAGGCUGCUGCUGCAGCCGCAGCACAGGAAGGAGGAUGUUCUCUCUCUGGAGGAGAUCCUGGCUGAAGGAGUGGAAGAGGAGGAGGAGGAGGUGAAGACUCCUCCAGCUCCUGACUCCUCGAGUCGUGUCCCCAGGUUGUGUAAGACCAGGAUGAAGGCUCUGCAGCAGGCGGCGUACUACAGCUCGGAGCACGGAUACCUGGACGUAACCAUGGAGCUCAGAGAGAUGGGUGUCCCCUGGAGGCUCCACAUCUGGCUGGAGUCUCUCCGCAGAGCUCGGCAGCUGUGCAGGGACGAAGUGACCGUCUCGCUCCUCACAGAGUUUCCCUCCAUCAGGACGGACGACUACACCCCCGAGCUGCUCUCCACGGGGUUACCGCUGAUGUUCAGCAUGUUGGAGACCAGCAAGGAUUACGUGAUAACGAAGCGUCUGGCGUCCGUGUUCUCUCACUGCUACGGCUGUUGUCCCGUCCCUCCUGUCCCGCCCAUGGACGUCACUCUGUCUACACAGCUCGAUGUUCAUUUCCUCAACAACCAGGAGAUGUCUGAUGUGACGUUCAUGGUGGACGGACGUCCCUUCUUCGCUCACCGGGUGUUGCUGAUGUCGGCCUCUGAACG